GCCGCUGAAAAGCCCCACUUCAGCUCCCUGGGAGCUGCCAUUUGCUGGUAUAUAGAAGAAAUUAAACCCAGGCAUGAAGGUGGAAAGGCAGAAUACCAAGGAGGUGAUAUGGCAACAGGUCCUUGUGAGCUGUUGGAACAAAGUGAGGAAUGCCCAGAUUUUGUGAAAGAGCUUCCCACCCAGAAGGAAGGCAUUCAGAAUCAUCUGAAAGACAAUAAAAAAGAUGCCAAGAUACCUGCAAGUCAAGAAGAAGUGAGCAGCAGUGCAAACGGGAUAGAGGAGGAGGAAAAAAACAAGCUCCACAUUGCUGAGCAAGAUCUUGAUGAGUUUGUGGAUAGUAUGACUGAAGCCACACCAUCUGUGCUUCCUAAGAAAUCACCAGAGGCAGAGAAGCAUCUGUUGCCCGAAAUGGCCCCUGCAAAAUUGCCUCGGGCUGAGCAAGUUGCAGAAAAAGUCCUGAGGGCUGAAAAGGUGGCUGACAGAGCCCAACGGGUAGAAAAGCCACCAGCACUGGAAAAGGUGGCAGAGAAAGUGCCAAGAGUCGAAAAGUCACCACAAGUUGAAAAGGCAGUACGGGCAGAAAGGGCAGCUGAGAAACCACACCUAGCAGCACCGAGGACUGUCUCUGUGAAGCGAAAAACAGAAAGCCGGGCUGCUAAGGACACGCUUCCUUGGGAAGGACUGUCUUUGAACAAAUGCAUUCUCGUUGCAUCCUUCCUUGCUCUCCUCAGUGUGAGCUGUCAGGUGGUUCAAGAGGUAAUAGAAUAUGGUGGGGCUGUUCUUGAGGCAGAGCUGAGCGCCUGGACCACACAAGAAGGCAGCGCUGGGGAUCAGGAGGAGCUGUGGUUUUACGAACGAUGGUUUGACUGGUCGGACAUAGAUGAACCUCCUGAAAUAGAGGAGGAGGAACCUUUGGAAGAAGAGGAAGAAGAGGAGGCCCCUUCAGAAGUGGAUGGGGAAGAAAAGACAGAAAGAGUAGAAGCCGAAGAGGAAGAGGCAGAGGCAGCAGAGGAGGAGGCCGAAAUAGAGGAGAAGGAGGAGGAGGAGGAGGAGGAGGAGCCAGUAACCAAGGCAGGCCCCCGGAGGAGCCAGGAGAAAGGGAGGCGAGAGGUGCCUUCCAAGGGCAAAGGCUGGAAAGGGCACAAGGCCCAGGAGGAGGAGGAAGGGAAGAAGCCCCCACGGGACAGGAGACAUCGCUGGGAGGGGAAGGGGAAGGAGAAGCAGCAGCAGGACAGGAAGACCCAUCGCCACAAACACAGCGAAGCCGCCCACCCCUCAAAGGAGCAGAAGCCAAGGCACUUCACGCCUGACGAGAGAAAGGGGCACACCAAGGAUGGGCGGGGCACAGGGAAGGGCCACCUCAAGCCCGAGAAGGACCGCAAGGACCGGAAGCCCUGGCAGGCCCAGAAGCCUUUCUUCUCCCCGCCCAGGGACAGUGCCCGGGCAGUCAGGAGACACAAGUUCCAGGAGCAGAAAAGGCACGACUGA